UGUUGAGUUUGAUAGAGCUGAAACCGAGGCUGUACCUUUUAGACGUAGAUGACUUGCAGCCUUUUUCACCAGGAGGAUCACAAAGAUCUACAGGAGCAGAGAAAAACAAGCUGCAGAGAUGAGAGCGACAUCUGCAAACCGUGCCGUUUCCCUGACAGCUGUUGUGAUGGUGCUAACCUCGGUGGUGCUGCAGGGAGUCCAAGCAGGAGUAGUAAGUGACUUCAGCCAUGCAGAGCGCUGCAAGGACUCCCUGUAUAUGGGAACCCCACCGAGAGGUUAUCUCAGCAACGCCUUUAAGAAGAUCUGCCAGAGGUACGAGGAUAAACCUCGCUACGCCACAGUGUAUGACCCCCGCAGACACAUCCCCAUCUUCUCUGCGUACACGUUCAAGAAGUCAGACGGGGAGAAGAAGGUGGACUUCCCCUGGAUGUUUGAGCCUCAGUUGGCAUCAGAGAAGAGUAGCAGCAACAUGGAGCCUUUCCCCCAGUCUACAAGUAUGCACAUGAACUUCGAGGACACCCAAGCUGUCCUCGAAGAUUACGCCGACGUUGUUCAGUACGAACGCGGACAACUAAACCCCGACGAGCACCAAGCAGACCCUCUGGACAAAGCCUCCACCUACAGCUUGACAAACGUGGUUCCUCAGAUAAGGGAGUUCAACCUGGGCCCUUGGGCCGAACACCAGGACAUCAUCCGCAAACGACUCAAUAACUACUGCAGAGGAAAGGCCUACGUUAUCACCGGGGUCACCACCUCUGGACACACGAUCCGCCGCAACAACAUGGACCGGGUGGCCGUGCCGGAGUACAUGUGGUCGGCUUACUGCUGCACGGAGUUUGACCAGAACGCACCGUACUUUGUGCGCUACAAGUUCCCUGUGUUUGGGGCAUACGGGCUGAACGACCGCGUCAACAACCAGAUGGUGGAGGUUCCCCUGAAGAACCUGGAGAAGUUCCUCAAAGGGAGGAUGGACGUGGACAAGAACUUCCAGAUAUUCUAUAACGACUGUGUUCCAGAUAACUAAGGAAGUUGAUGUAAUAGUAGAUUUUAAGUGUAUUAAUUUAAAAGUUCAUUUUAAGAAUAAGUCAGAGACAGAUAUACCUGGAAUUUAACGGUUUGAGAAACUCUAUCCCAUAUUAGAGAUAUUUUAAUUUGAUGUUUUGCCCCAUUGUUUUACUUGGUAAUAUAUAUUCGGUUUAUCCUAAUUCUUUGAUCAAAUAAAUGAUAGAAAUGUGUAAAAGUUGUCAAAGACAAGUCUUUAUAUUU